UGCAACGGCCCAGCCGCGAACGCGAACUGCUGGUCCUCGAUCUUUUUUUUUCCACCUCCUCCUCGUGCAAAACGAUCCCCAGCGCGCACGCCUCGUCCCCCUUACGUGCCGCGGGCGUGGUUGCACGAACGCACUACGACGCAGGGCGCGCGCUCGUGGCGGCGGGUGACGAAGCGGUGAAGGCAAGGCAACGCGCGCGCCGGCGGUUUGAUCCGGGCCUUGCUUUCCUCCUCGUGAUCAGGUAUUGUUGAGGCGCGCUAUACUUAGGUCGAUCUUGCUAAACAAAAGCCCUGCCGCCGCGCGGUUUUGGCCAUGGCCGUGGCGCCGUCCGUGGCGGCGUCGUCGUCGUCCAGUCCCGUCCUGUCGGCCGCGCACCGCCGCCGGCUCAACGACGUCGAGCGAGAUACGGUCGACGCCGAUGACGAUGACGACGGCGGAGGGCACCGCGGGCACGGUGGCGCCGGCGUGGCGGGCGUCAGGGCGCUGUUCUCGGCCAGGAGGAUCAGCAAGAGGGCGUCCGUUGUCGAUCAGGCAUGGCUGCGGAACGCCGUCGCGUGCCUGCUCGGCCUCACCAUCGUCGCUGUGCUCGUGCUGAGCAUGCACCGAGUAACCGGCGCCGGCGGCCGGAGGCUCGUGCAGAGGAUGGGCCUCGGCGACGGCGAAGUGAUGGGCUGGACGGAGGAGAACGUGACGGCUGUCGCUCGCCGGUCACCUGACAUCCCGAUAUGGAUGAUGCCAGAUAGCGACGGUUAUAGCAAAUGCAUUGAACGCCCAAAGAAACAUGACAGAAUGAACAGUACAACAGCUGGUUAUAUAAUUGUUAAUGCCAAUGGUGGAUUGAACCAGAUGAGACUGGGAAUAAGCGACAUGGUUGCAGUUGCUAAGCUCAUGAAUGCAACACUAGUAAUCCCUACUCUGGAUCACAAAUCAUUUUGGACCGAUCCAAGUGAUUUCAAAGAUAUAUUCGAUGUGGAGAACUUCAAGAAAACUUUAGAGGGUGAUAUUUCGAUUGUGGAUUCCUUGCCACCAGUUUAUAAAGGAUUGAAGCCUUAUAUGAGAGCACCCACUUCCUGGGCCAAGGCUUCUUACUACAGAGCUUUUUCAAGGACGCUGAAGAAGGCCAAAGUUGUUAAAUUCACACAUACAGAUUCACGAAUUGUUAACAACGGUCUCCCCCCUUCUAUCCAACGACUCCGCUGUCGGGCAAAUUAUGAGGCACUAAGAUUCAACAAAGAAAUCGAAGAGCUGAGUACUACUCUAGUCGAUAGAUUGAGGAAUGGAUCCAAUCAUUAUAUCGCACUUCACUUAAGGUAUGAGAAGGAUAUGCUCUCAUUUACUGGCUGCAGUCACAACCUAACACAUAAAGAGGCAGAUGACCUGAGGGAAAUGAGACUCAAUGUGCGGCACUGGAAAGAGAAGGAAAUCAAUGGUAGGGAGAGGAGACUCCAAGGAGGCUGCCCUAUGACUCCUCGUGAGGUAGCUCUUUUCCUUAAAGCUAUGGGCUAUCCUUCCAGCACGAAGAUUUAUAUUGUGGCAGGUGAAAUAUAUGGUGGACAUAGCAUGGAUUCAUUAAAGGCUGAAUAUCCAAACACAUAUACACACUAUAGUCUGGCAACAGCAGAUGAAUUAGAGCCUUUCAAGCUGUACCAAAACAGAUUAGCUGCUGUGGACUAUAAUGUAGCCCUCCAGAGUGAUGUUUUUGUGUAUACAUAUGAUGGAAAUAUGGCUAAAGCAGUACAGGGUCACAGAAGAUUUGAAGGAUUCCAGAAAACCAUUAACCCUGACAGGAAGAAGCUUGUGGGACUUAUUGACAAGCUUGAUGAAGGUACACUAACAUGGAAUGAGUUUCAAAGUGAAGUGAAGAUGCAUCAUAAAAACAGACUUGGGGGUCCAUAUCAGAGAUUAUCUGGUCGAAGUCCAAGGCAAGAGGAGUACUUCUACGCAAAUCCCCUUCCAGGGUGCUUUUGCAAAAGAAUGCAAAUGAUUAAGUGACGAAGACUAAUUAUAAAGAGGAGGUGAGAGAUUAUUCUUCACAAAAUUCCAACCACUUCACUGAUGUAACAUGGAUAUACAAACCGGUAACUGGCAGGGGCAGCCACAUAUUAUUUUCCUAGAUUAGCCAUCAUUGAUACAAAAGGAAGUAGGAGAGGCAGGUCCAUUUAUUAUCGUCUGAGAUCUGCAUUUCCAGUGGAUUAUUUAUUCAAGUAUACAGGAAAAGGAAGAGUAAAAAAUAUUUCAAAUACCACCAAAGCAUAGAUGUACCAAAUGUGAUGAGAUAGCUUGAACGAAUACUUCUAGUUUUAGUGCAUGUACGUAUUUAGUUCACACUUCACAUGUACAGUAUCCUUUUUUGAUAUUUGUAUCCAUUCCAGAACUGCAGCUUUAUUCUAGAUAUACGUGUAUGUAUGUAUAGAGAGAGCAGAAUGUGCCCAAAGGCACCAGCGAUGGAUGGUAAAUCGAUUUUUAUUUUAUUUCGUUCUGUUGAGUCUUUGCAUUUACAGUUUUCUGUAAGAAAUUUUUGCUACCAAGAUGCCAUCAAAAUAUCAAAUAUUGUGUAGCUAAGUUUGGUCUGUUUAUUUUCUGUUU